AUAACACCCACUGUCAUCGAUGGAUUGACGCAGCAGCCUGGACGAAACUUCAAUUGUUAACUGUUCCCGCUGGCCGCACACAAACACACACUCAGAACCACAGGCGCACACACACACACGUAUAGUCACAUCGCACGGAGCGAGCAAACAAACAAAACAAACAAUAACACAAGAGAAGGAUGAGCAGCCAGGGACACCACAAGAUGCAGGGAUGCGGCAGCCUGUCCGGCGGCAAGCAGGUUGGCGCAUCCGGCGGCGGCAAGAACAACGGCGCCCAGGAGCAGGAAUUCACCGAUGUGAUCGAUCUGGGCGAUCGCUUCUCGGCGGACAUGGCGCGCCUUUGCAUGAACGAGCGGUACGCGGACGUGGAGUUCGUCGUCGAGGAGCAGCGCCUGCCCGCCCACCGCGUCAUACUCGCCGCCCGCAGCGAGUACUUUCGCGCGCUGCUAUACGGCGGCAUGGCGGAGACGACACAGCGCCAAAUACCGCUGGAGGUGCCGCUGGAUCCGUUCAAGGUGCUGCUGCGCUACAUCUACUCGGGCACACUGCUGCUGUCCACCCUGGACGAGGAUGCCGUCAUCGAUGUGCUGGGCAUGGCCAAUCAGUAUGGAUUCCAGGACCUGGAGAUGGCCAUCUCGAAUUAUUUGCGCCAGUAUCUGGCCUUAAACAAUGUGUGCAUGAUUCUGGAUGCGGCGCGACUCUAUAAUCUGGAGGAGCUCACCCAGGUGUGUCUGAUGUUCAUGGAUCGCAAUGCCGCCGACCUGCUGCAGCACGACUCCUUCAAGACACUGUCCAAGGAAUCGCUGGAGGAGGUGCUGCGACGUGACUGCUUCUUCGCACCCGAAGUGCAGAUCUUUUUGGCCGUGUGGAAGUGGAGCCGCUACAAUACGAACGUGGACAUCAAGUCGGUGGUCAGUUAUGUGCGCCUACCGCUGAUGAAUCUCGAGCAUCUGCUGCAGGUGGUGCGUCCCUCGGGCAUUCUGGAUCCCGACAAGAUACUCGACGCCAUCGACGAGCGCAGCACCUCAAAGGGGCUGCCCUACAGGGCGGCACUCUGGCCGGAGGAGAACGUGGCCACGGCCAAGUUUCUGUCGCGCUGCAUCCAGGGUGAGUGCCGCACCGCGCUGCUAGACGGAGAUGUGACCACCUACGACAUGGAGCACGGGUAUACGCGCCACUGCAUCACGGACAGCAACGAUGCGGGCAUUGUGGUCGAACUGGGCACGCUUUGCAUGAUCAAUCACAUACGCAUGCUGCUCUGGGACAGCGACAGCAGGGCGUACUCCUACUUUGUUGAGGUGUCUGGCGACCAGCAGCAUUGGGAGCGCGUGGUCGACUACAGUGACUACCACUGCCGAUCCUGGCAGUAUUUGUACUUCGAGGCGCGUCCCGUCCGGUUCAUCCGCCUGGUGGGCACCCAGAACACAGUCAACCGGGUAUUCCAUGUGGUGGGCCUGGAAGCGAUGCACACGGCCAAGGUGCCGCGGUUAAUUGAUCAUUUUGUGGCGCCCAAUGCGAACGUGGCCACCGUGGAGAAGAGCGCCAUUGUGACGGACGGCGUAAGUCGCACCCGCAAUGCGCUGAUCAACGGUGAUUAUGUGCGCUACGACUGGGACUCGGGCUAUACGUGCCACCAAUUGGGCAGCGGUGAGAUCGUCGUCCGUUUGGGCCAACCCUACUAUGUGGGCUCCAUGAGGCUGUUGCUGUGGGACUGCGAUGAUCGCACCUACAGCUUUUACAUCGAAACCUCGACGAACCGCAAGGACUGGCAGAUGGUCGUGGAUCGGCGCAACGACAAGGCCCGCUCAUGGCAGAACUUUCACUUCGCCCCACGUCCCGUCGUCUUUAUCCGCAUUGUGGGCACGCGCAACACAGCGAAUGAGAUCUUUCACUGCGUCCACCUCGAAUGCCCCACCCAGGACAAGAGCUACCUAAAGAAGAUAGCCGACAUGGAGAAGGAGCGCGGGAAGAAAGAGAAGGAGUGCGGUUCGGAUAAGACGGUCAAGACGGAUGAUGACAAUAUUGCCUCUACCUCGAGAUCCUCGUUGGCUUCAGUCCACGCUGAAGGUCCCUCCACUUCAGCCAACAGCAGCCAAAACGUUUUAAAGUCCAACCACUGGCCGCCACAGACACAGUCUCCCAAACCGAUGCAGACCAAGGAAAAGGCAGUGGCCGUUGUCCCACCCACUCCACCAGCACUCUCCCCGUCCGUCACGCCAGCACUUCCGGCUCCUCUGACCCCGGCACCCUCGUCGCCCCGUAAGCAGGAACAAGAAGCGCCAAAGAAGUCCAGUGCAGACGCAAGCGCCCACACCAGUCCCAGUCCCAGUCCAAGGAGCAACGGCAGUCCCAGUCCAAGGAGCAACGCCAGUCCCAGUCCAAGUAGGAGCCGAAGCCAGAGUGCGGAGUCGGAGCCAGUGCCGCCAUUGGUGGAGCUGGACACCAAGGAGACGCGUUGAGCUGAUGAUAUGAAAUAUGAUGUAUAUGAUGGAUGUACUUGAAACGAUGUUAGUCCCCGCGCUUAGUUGUAGUUUGCAGAUCGUGCUGCUCUUGUUAUCUAGUCCUUCCCAGUGCCCCUGUGCUUGCUGGCUACAUCGCAUCGCUUAUUGGUUUUGCGUAAUUACCUUAAUACGUUAUAUACUUAUAUAUAUAUAUAUACAUAUACAUUUAUGUAUAUUUUUGAUUUUAUUGUGAUCCAGAGAAAAUUCCUUAUGAUUGCAAGGCAGCAGAGUUAUUUAUAUAAGCAAUAUCACUUAAUUCUAUGCACACACACACACACACACACAUAUUCAACGCGAAUUCGAAUGAGAUUUCCGAGCAGCUGAACCAAAAUUGUAUACGAGUUCCGAUCGCAUAGUCGGAGUCUGUCCACAGUUGUGUCCUGUCCAUCUGUCCAUGUCCAUGUCCCUAACGAAAACAAUCCAGUGUUGUUCCGCAACUCGUAGUCUAGGCUCAUCGAGCGACCCAAAAAUUAGGCUCUAUUUAUUAGGCAAAAUUUGUCAUAGUUUGUACUGCACCCAAAAUAAAAGCUAACCAAAAAAAAAA